CUGACUUGGUACCCGAGAAAAACACACUUGACUUUCAAUCUGUGGGUCACCAGUUCGAACCGUUUUUCAUGUACCGAGGUCUAGACAGCCAGAUAAUAUAUCCAACCCUCGUAUAAUAGGUGUGUUUCAUUGCCUACUGCAUAUACCUACGAACAUGUCAGACGUUCCGUCCGGUGCCCCAUCUUCAUGCCCUGGUACAAGUAGCGAUGAAGCAGGAAAAGUUUCUGCAUGUGAAGGUUGUCCCAAUCAGUCUUUGUGUUCAAGUGGGCAAGCUAAACUCCCUCUUUCUGAACGUGAACCGCAAACAAUCCUAUUAAUUAAACGCCGCCUUGGUUCAGUUCGUCACAAAAUAAUUAUCCUAUCCGGUAAAGGUGGAGUUGGGAAAAGUAGUCUUUCUGUCUGUCUCGCUCGAGGACUUAGCCGACGUGAACGAAAUCAGAAAGCAAAUGAAGGCGACUGCAAUGACACCUAUCGUGUGGGACUACUUGAUCUUGAUUUGUGUGGACCUUCUAUCCCAUGCAUGUUUGGGUGUAUGGAAGCAAAGGUACACCAAAGUCAAUCGGGUUGGUCUCCUGUCUUUGUUAGUGAAAAUCUUAGCCUCAUGUCAAUAGGAUUUUUACUACCCAACCCUGAUCACCCAGUUAUAUGGCGUGGGCCUCGUAAAAAUACGCUUAUUCGCCAACUACUCACUGAUGUUUCUUGGACUGAAGAGGAUGUUGGUCAACUAGAUCAAGCUGGCAAUCUUGACUUUUUAAUCAUUGACACCCCUCCAGGAACAUCAGAUGAGCAUCUUUCAGUUGUUCAGUAUCUUCAAGCUGCUGAGUGUUUAGAUGGAGCAAUAAUCAUUACUACACCACAAGAAGUGGCUCUGUGUGACGUUAGAAAGGAAAUCGAUUUUUGUCAAAAACUAUCAGUUCCAAUUUUGGGUGUCGUCGAAAAUAUGACGGAGUUUGUAUGCCCAUCGUGUAAACACUCAUCCGCAGUGUUUCCGCCUACCACUGGUGGUGCAAACUCACUAUGCACUAAAAAUUACAAUGGAGGUGAUAAUACAAUGUCAUCAUCAUCAGAUCUCGAGAUAAUUGGUCGUUUGCCACUCGAUCCACGAAUAACCAGGGCUCUUGAUGAAGGUUUGUGUCCAUUUGAACUGGCCGAGUUAAAUUCUUCCGUCGGUGAACAGUCUCAUGAUUUAAUCGAUGGACUCAAGUCUUCUGAUACAGUUAUUAUUGCAUUUCAGGAUUUGUUCAGUAAUCUACUUAAAAAGCUCCAUGCUUAACUACACUACUUCCUCUUUGCUAGAAAUCAACUCCACAUUGAAAACCGCUUCUGCUUGAUGUAUAGUAUUUGUCUACUUUUUCCGUGUUUGUCUAAGAGUUAGAAAAAUGUUUUGGUUUUCAACCUUCCUCUCGAUUUCGAUUGACCAACAUCAUUUUUAGCUCAUAUGUGUAGAUAAUCUUCUCUUCAUUCCUGUCAAAUUGUUGUUUACCAUACCUUUCUUGGUCAAAAUAUAUUUCCUAUUAACUGGUGAUUAGUUUCCUUUUCUUUGCUCUUACCUAUCUAAUUAAAAAGUUGGGUUUUCUGUGUAGAUACAACUCUGCAUAGAAUCUGUUGUUGCAUAUCCAAUUCAGUUAAUUUAUUUACUAACCCAUUGACUUUUGAUUAUACUUUUGGUGGAAAUGAAUUUAAGUGGUAUACAGUGCAGUAUCUUCAAUAAAAGUCACAAAAGCAGGCAGUCAACCGGUAGAUGUUCUGGAACACGAACCGGGAUUGACUACUUAGCAGUACUGGAGGCAAGAAGACGAAUACGAAUGAUCUCUGCAAGAAAGAGAUAUAUAUACGGC